AGGGGAGAUGCGUGAAGCAGCGGUUGGAGAGUUGGAUCACAAAGACGUCAAACUUCAUGAACAUUGUAGGCAUAGUGAGUAAUACCCAUCUCUACAAAGCUAAAGCUCGGCCCUUUUUGACAACUAUUCUGCAGAUUGAGGGUUUCACUGCACAUUGAAUAUGCCUCCGUCAGGGAAGAGCUUCCAUGCCGGCUGGAAAAUCAGCUUUUGUUCCGGAAUAACUGAGGAUUUUUGUGAAGUCUUUUUCUGCUUUGAUGCCAUUUCAGCCUGAUAGUGGAGAUCUGCUUGACUGUCGCAAUGGUUUGGUUCUAUUUGUCAUGAGAUCUGUCCCUCAGAACUACAUAUGCAACCCUGCAACCAAACAAUUGGUUGAGAUCCCCGAAACAGUACACACGACAGAGCCGUUAGUGCAGCAUUGACUGUUUGAGAGUUAUAAAUAUGGUUGCAUUGCAAAGGUUGAACACACCCACAAACCACCAUUGGGGAAUUGUUCUUCCAUGGUUGACGGUACUGCAGAGUAGCCAUUGGAACUUUGAACCAUCUCUAAAUCACUUCUACCUCAGCUGUCCGUACAACAAACUGCUGCUAAACUGCGGUCUGCACUUCAGGAUGUUUGAGUUUCUGCAGGAAGGAAGAUUCUUUACUGACUUUAAGAGUCUGGAGGAUUUGGUUGUGUUUACAAGUGUAUACACAAGUUAGAUUUGCAUAACUAUGUGACCAAGGUAGUCAAAAUCUGAAAAAAAGACUAAAAAGAAGACACUAAGGGAGGCACACUUCCUAGCUUCUGUGGAGCAUCAAAACAUUGUUUGUUAUUAUUAGGUUUGGAUGGAAGAUGGCUAUCCUUCAUGAAUAUGAGGAAGAUGGAAACCUAUUGAAUUUGAGGAGGAAGAGGAAGAUGUUGAAUUUGAGGAAGAAGAGGAAGACAUUGAAUCUGAGAAAGAAGAGGAAUAUGUUGUGGUUUGUGAAUGAUUUCAAUUAUACUUUUAUUUUUUUUUUUUGUUCUUAUUGGUUUUUUCUACUACUACCAUACUUGCAUCUUCUUGAAUGAUGAUUCAUUUCUUUUUUCAUUUAUGUUUUAGGUUGGGAUAGAUGGAAGAGUUUUUUCUUUUUUUUGAAUCUAUUGAGAAAGUAGUCCCCUUGUUGUUUAUUCAAAUAAACUUUGCCAUUGGUAAAACUCACACAUUACAUAUAAAUAUACUUGUGUUGAAAAA